CCCACCCCAGCCCUGCCCACUGCCGUGUGGGUGCCGGGUUUUAGUGCAGAUUGACCCAGGUUUAUAUAAAUCUUAGGCCUGGAAUGGGCAGUGCAGAAGAGCUUUGGGUAGCCUGACUGAAUCCCCCUCUCUGGGGAAGCAGGCGGACCCUCACCCUGGGUCUUAAAACAUGAGGGGAGGCAAAGGGCAGGCUGGGGUUGUUCCCAAAGUCCUGCCUGAGCCGACCAUUUUGCUCUUAAAUGGCAUCCCUGGUGCGAGUCGAGAUGAGAAGUCAUGCAGAGACCCUCAGGGUGAGACCCUCAGGGCUGAAGACCACCCCCAGGCCCAAGUUCUCUGUGUGCAUCCUGGGUGACCAGCAGCACUGUGAUGAAGCCAAGGCAGCUGACCUCCCACACAUGGACAUUGAGGCACUUAAGAAGCUCAACAAGAAUAAGAAGCUGGUCAAGAAACUGGCUAAGAAGUACGAUGCCUUCCUAGCCUCCGAGUCUCUGAUCAAGCAGAUUCCCCGUAUCCUGGGCCCAGGACUCAACAAGGCCGGCAAAUUUCCCUCCCUGCUGACGCACAAUGAGAACCUUAACACCAAGGUGGAUGAGGUCAAAUCCACCAUCAAGUUCCAGAUGAAGAAGGUGCUCUGUUUGGCUGUGGCAGUAGGACACGUGAAGAUGACUGAGGAGGAGCUGGUCUACAACAUCCACCUGGCAGUUAACUUCCUGGUGUCCCUGCUGAAGAAGAACUGGCAGAAUGUGCGAGCGCUCUACAUCAAGAGCACCAUGGGAAAACCCCAGCGGCUCUACUAGAUGUUCAGUUGCUUCUUUCAAUAAACGAGGGGGGAAAAAACAUA